AGUCGCUUCAACUCUCCGGCUUCCCCCCCCCCGCCCUUUCAGGACCAACAAUGGCGGCGGCGGCACCAACCGCGGCGGCUCCGCCGGUUUCAAGCGGACCCGGGGCUUCGGCUUCGGGAACCGGGAACGGAACUGCGGCGGGGAAUGGAGCUACGGCGGCGGCGGCGGCGGGGCCCGGUCCGGCAACGGCGAAGAGCGGGGAGGAGCGGCUGAAGGAGAUGGAGGCCGAGAUGGCGCUGUUCGAGCAGGAGGUGCUGGGCGCCCCCACCCCCGCCCCCCCCGCCGGGGACCCGGUGCCUUUGGCCGUGCCCCCCGUCACGCCCGUCCUGCGCCCCAUCAUCGCCACCAACACCUACCAGCAGGUCCAACAGAGCCUGGAAGCGCGAGCGGCCGCCGCCGCCACCGUCGUCACCCCCAUCGUGGCCCCCCCGGUGCCGUUCGUGGGACCAGCCGUGUCACCGCAGAGGCCGCCCAUCUUGCGCCCCGCUUUCGUCCCCCAUGUCCUGCAGAGAUCCGCCGGCCCACGGGCGCUGCCCCUUCGCCCCCCCCCGGGUGCCAUGGUUGGCCCCGCCCUGGGCGGAGCCCCGGCCCCACCCUUACUGCUGGCCCCGCCCCUCCAGCGCCCUCCCCCCGCCCCUUUGGGGGGGCCCCUGCGACCCCCCGCCCCCGUGGGGGGAGGGGCGGCGGUGAGCGCCCUACCCCCGCUGGCGGCCGGGCCCCGCCCCGUUUUGGGCCCCCCCAAGAUCAACCCCAGCGUCAUCCAGGCCGCCCCCACCGUCUACGCCGCCCCUCCCCCCAAAAAAACCCAGGAAGAGCCCCCCCCGCCGCGGGUGGCUCCGCCCCCCGAGGAGAACAGGAUUGGUCCUUGCCUCCCCGUGGGACCGCCCCCGGCCCCGCCCGGCCCCCCUGAGCCCCGCCCAGGGCCCGCCUUGGCCACGCCCACGCCCCGCCCCCGGAGGCCACGCCCCCCCGAGCCGCCCUUUCUGGCGCCUGAGGUGGGGGUGGAGCCAGCGGCGGAGGACAAGAAGAAGGGGCGGGGCGAGCGGCUGAAGCGCUGCAUCCGCACGGCGGCCGGGAGCAGCUGGGAGGAUCCCAGUCUGCUGGAGUGGGACGCUGACGAUUUCCGCAUCUUCUGCGGCGACCUGGGCAACGAGGUGAACGACGACAUCCUGGGCCGCGCCUUCGGGCGCUACCCCUCCUUCCUCAAGGCCAAGGUCAUCCGGGACAAGCGGACGGGGAAGACCAAGGGCUACGGCUUCGUCUCCUUCAAGGACCCCAACGACUACGUGCGCGCCAUGAGGGAGAUGAACGGGAAGUACGUGGGCAGCCGGCCCAUCAAGCUGCGCAAGAGCAUGUGGAAGGACCGGAACCUGGAGGUGGUGCGCAGGAAGCAGCGGGAGAAGAAGAAACUGGGCCUGAGAUAACCCGGACUGGGAGGGACUGGGAGGG